GUUUCAGUUAGUCACCCGUUCAACCAUAAUAAAUAAUAAUUUGUUGAUGAAAAUGAACAAAGAUACCGUUUAUUGUGUAAACUUUCGGCUCUUUUUAUUAGUGAAAAAUGACUAAGACAUCCAGAGGAAUUUUGUCAGUCGACACAAUCGUCCACAUUCAUCUAUUUCUGCCUGACUUUCAAGACCAAGUUGUACGUGUGUAAUGACGAUCUGGACAACGAGAAAUGGUGCGAUCAUGUUCGCGACCAUCAUGAUGAUAUACUCGAUCGUGCAUAUGUGCCUGUUCAUCGGUGUUUUCUUUCAAAAAAGAGCGGAACCAGACUGGAUAGUUUUGUUCAAACUUGUUUGUGAUUUCAUACUGCUACCAUCUUCGAUACUACUUCUAAUAGCAAUUGUCAAGGACAACCUGACGAUAAUGUUGAUUAGUGAAACCAUGUACUUUUCCACAUCCAUAGGGUUUUUGCUCUACGCAGUCAUUUUCGUGAUAUUGUUCAUAAAGCGGCAAGAAUUUGGUACCCCCUUCAUUUCAUUUAUGGCGCAACGAGUUUUCUUCUUUGGUAAGAAAGUUUAUUACCAUUUUAAUGGGUUUUAAACAAA